UAUCGGGUACAGAGUCUAUGUGCCUCUGCCACUAAACUGUUGUUCAAGAAAGAAGGGUUCAUGCAAAACGAAACGACUGCCGUUUCAUUGAAUGUUACCUUUCAACAAGCUAAUGGCGUGUUACGGAAAUAUGAGAAGCCGAGGAUUGAAAAACAGCCAGUCAACAAGUACAGAUUUGUGGGACAGGCUGCAUCACUGUGUUGUUACGCUAAAGGUUUUCCGGCCGUGAUGAAAUACUCGUGGUCUAGGAACGGAAUUCAAAUAGCACACGACUUGAGCACUGGAACUCUCCGGUUGACGAACCUACAUAAAUCGGAUCAGGGGAUGUACACAUGUACAGCAGAAUCUGUUGCUGGUAUCGUCAAAUCAGAAAGUGUGCAAGUCAGCGUAAAAG